UCUCACUACUGCCCCAGCUGCCUGGAAAACAUGCCAUCAGCUGAAGCCAAGCUGAAAAAGAAUAGGUGUGCUAACUGCUUUGACUGCCCCUGCUGCAUGCACACCCUUUCCACCCGGGCCACCAUGAAGAAAGCGUAUUACCUGGCCUGUGGAUUUUGCCGCUGGACUUCCCGGGAUGUUGGCAUGGCAGACAAGUCUGUCGCUAGUGGUGGCUGGCAGGAGCCGGAGAAUCCUCACACACAGCGGAUUAACAAACUGGUGGAGUACUACCAGCAGUUGGCUCAGAAAGAGAAGAUUGAGCGGGACCGAAAGAAGCUGGUGCGGCGCCGAAACUACAUGCCCCUGGCCUUUUCGCAACACACUAUACACGUAGUGGACAAAUACGGCUUGGGAACCAGGCUGCAACGCCAGAGGCCUGGAGCACCGAUCAGUGCCCUCGCUGGACUCUCGCUGAAAGAAGGAGAGGACCAGAAGGAGAUCAAGAUUGAGCCAGCUGAUGCAGUGGAAGAAGUGGAACCUCUUCCUGAGGAUUACUACACGAGACCAAUCAAUCUGACAGAAGUGACGACUCUGCGUCAGCGCCUGCUGCAGCCCGACUUCCAGCCGAUCUGUGCUUCCCAGCUCUACCCGCGUCACAAGCACCUCCUGAUCAAACGUUCGCUGCGCUGUCGGAAAUGUGAACAUAACCUGAGCAAACCAGAAUUCAAUCCAACAUCUAUCAAAUUCAAGAUCCAGCUUGUUGCUGUUAACUACAUCCCUGAAGUGAGAAUCAUGUCUAUUCCCAACCUGCGCUACAUGAAGGAGAGCCAAGUCCUUCUGACUCUGACCAAUCCGGUGGAGAACAUCACGCAUGUCACACUGCUGGAGUGCGAGGAGGGAGACCCUGACGACAUCAACAGCACUGCCAAGGUGGUAGUUCCUCCCAAGGAGCUUAUUUUGGCCGGCAAAGAUGCCGCCGCGGAAUAUGAUGAGCUGGCAGAGCCCCAAGACUUCCAGGAUGACCCGGACGUUAUUGCCUUCAGAAAAGCUAAUAAGGUCGGAGUUUUCAUCAAGGUCACCCCACAGAAAGAAGAGGGCGAAGUGACCGUGAGUUUCAAGAUGAAGCACGAGUUUAAAAACCUGGCUGCUCCAAUCCGGCCCAGCGAGGACAGCGAUCACAGCUCUGAGGUCAUCUGGCUCACCCAUCACGUGGAGCUCAGCCUCGGCCCAGUGCUCCCAUAA